AUGGAUCCUUCUGCAGAAGAGAUAAUUGCUUUGGCAGAGCAACUUACUCAAACAGCGAAGGGCUUAGCUUCUGAGACUCACCCACCAGCGCGCAAACAACAAACAGCCUGCCUUGUCCUGCAGGCAAAGCAAUUGAUAUGGAGUGUUCAAGAUCCGCACGAUGCACUCAUGGACCAUAUUGUGAAUGGUUAUACGAUCUCAGCAUGCCUUGCAGCAUCGAAGCUUGGUAUCUUUGAAGCUGUCCCUCUUACUGGCACUACUAGUGCAAAACAGGUCGCCCAGCGAUGCAACGCCGCAGAAGAACUGAUUGUGCGAUUGAUGCGUCAACUGACUUGUGUCAACAUCUUCAACGAGGUGCGUUUGGGAGAAUGGGCACAUAAUCGACUUUCACUUGUGCACAGUGAACAUGCUGGUCCCACCAGUGGCAAAUGGUUGUAUACUGUGUCACUUGACGAAAUGAUGCCAGCAAUGUAUCGACUCAACCAUUAUCUUGAGCACUUUGGAAACCACUCUCUCCUCGACACCUACAUCGAGACCCCGCACUCCUGGUUUUAUGGUAUGAUCGGCAAGAACUUCUGGGAGGUCAUGAAUUCCUCACAUGAUCGAAUCGAGAACUUCAUUCGAGGCCUGGCACUGUUUGACUCGCUCCAUCCUGUGGUUGCCAUGUUCCCCUUUGAGAAGAUUCUUCGAAAUGGAAGUAAUCCCAAGCGCCCAUUGAUGGUCGACAUUGGUGGAGGUCGAGGUCUUGCACUGUUGGAAAUGAGAAAGGGCUGCCCAAGCCUAAGCGGCGAUCUGAUCUUGCAGGACCGUCCAUGCGUGCUCGAGGACAUCUCCUAUGACGACCUACCGGGAGUGACCAAGAUGGCCCACGAUUUUUUCCAGGAGCAGCCAGUGCACAAUGCACAAGUCUACUACAUCCGCCGCGUAAUGCAUGACUGGCAGGACAACGACGCCGCCCGCAUCUUGAAAGCAAUCAUUCCAGCAAUGGGUCCUGACAGUCGAAUACUCAUCUCCGACAUGGCCAUUCCAGAACCAGUGACUAGCAGAGAUGCAGGAGCAAUUUGGCUCGACUUAAUGAUGAUGAGUAUUGGUGGGAAGGAACGAACUAUUCGAGAUUGGCAAUACCUGGCAGUAUUAAGUGGGUUGAAGUUGGUGAAGGUCUGGCAGGAGCCAGAGAAAUUCGGUCCCUUGUGCGUUGUCGAGUACAUGCUUCCGGAUGCCGACCAUACUCCGUCACUCGGUCGAGCUAUGGUGGAUGGUGCUGCCGACGAGAACGAGAUCACAACGCCAAAACUGGGUCCGAACGAUGGAGGAAGCUUCAUUGAGUAUGAUCUGGAUUCUCCUGAGUCCAGGGACGUGGACUGGGAGGAAAGAACAGUGGUUGCUGAUCGCGAGCAGAGCAUGGAACUUUGA